AUGAGAUUCAAUCUCACCCUCUUGCUAGCUACUCUCUUGGCUACUGUCAUCGCCAGCACUAUCGGUGGCCCUCGACAUGUGGUCAGAGUAGAGGGCACCUCUCAAUCUGAUGAGCACGAUCUGUUCAAGCGCAAGGGCGGUGGCGGCGGUGGUGGAAGAGGAGGAGGAGGAAGCAGUGGUGGAAAAGGCGGAAGCAGUGGCGGAAGCGGUAGCAGUGGAAGCGGUGGCAGUGGCAGCAGUGGUAAAGGUGGCUCUGGAAGCUCUGGAAGCUCUGGCAGUUCUGGAAAUCGAUCUCCCAGCUCCAACGUCGGUGGCUCAACUCGUGGAGGAAGCGGACCCAAACCACAAUACGGCGGCGGCCAGUUCUACGGCGGUGGCGCGAGAACUCCUUACACCGCCGGUUCUCGAAGCCCCGUAGGAGGCAUCCUCCCCUUUGCGCUCCUGGGAGGCGCGGCUGCUCUCGCCUUCUGGCCUGGAGUCUGGCUGUACGGUGCCUACCUGUACCCAUACCACCAGCCAUACCACUUCCACAAUGAAUCCAGCAACCGGAAUGAGACCCUGAACGUCCUUUGUGGAUGUGGCACAUACGAUGUUUGUAGCUGCGACGACAACAACAGCACCGAUUAUUUCGUUAGCCUUGUCGGAAACGGAAGCUACGAUGCCCUCAACAAGAGCGUCGUCAAUGUUGCAAAGGUCAAUGGCACCAACAGCCUUCUUAUCAACGGUUCUCUACCGAACGGCACGACAGCCGACGACCCCAAUGCUUCAAGCGCAACCAGCAUCAGAACUAUGGCUCAAAUGAUUGGCCUCUGGCCUGCUGUCGCUGCUGUGCUUGUAACUGUCUUCUUGGCUUAA